AUGUAUGGCUCGCAAUCGCUCCAGAUCUUCGGCCGUAUCAUGGAUCGACAUCAAUUGACAUCUGCUGUGCUGUUCCUGGACCUUACCACGGCCUUCCACCGACUCAUCCGUGAAUGGGUAUCUGGCAUACAUGUACCUGAAGAUUUGGCACAGGUGCUCCACUCUCUGGAAGAGGAAGGGGUUCCGAUCGAUGAAAUGUGCCAACGCUUGCAGCUCCCUCAUUUGCUGGAACAACUUGAUGCCCCGCCUUUCCUUUGUCAACUUUUGCAAGACAUCCAUGCUGGAACAUGGAUGACAAUUGGGCGUCGAGGUAAGAUCAUCAAUACCAAACGGGGUACGCGGCCAGGGAGCCCGCUUGCUGACUGUGUUUUUCACAUAUUGAUGGCCGAUAUUCUCCACCACCUUCAGGCGUGGAUUGACCAUCAGGAUGAAUAUCAGGAUGAAUAUCAAGGCAUCCUGCAGCAACUAGAUGUCCAUGGUGGCUUCGUGGCCUGGGCGGACGACCUUGCUAUCCCCUGGGCUACUCGUACUGCCGCAGAGAUGCCCGCCGCCCUUAGAAAAAUCCUGCAUCUGGUUACUUCGUUAUUUCUCAGCAAGGGCUUUAUCCUUAAUUUGGAUAAAGGUAAGACUAGCGCUGUUGUGACCUUUAGAGGACCGCAGGCACCACAACUCCGCCAGGCCUUCCAACUGGGACCGAAGCCAGGUGAUGCAAUUGACUUUGAAGGACGACAGAUUUUCCUUCACUAUGUCCCUGUAUACAAGCAUCUGGGCACCAUCUUCGCCUCGGAUCAUAGCCUCGACGCUGAGAUUUGUCAACGCAUAGGGCUUGCAAAUGCUGCUUUCGGUCAGAUUGCCAGACCCAUUCUGUGUAACAGACAUCUACCCGAAAAAGUCAGAACUCAACUCUUUCAGACUCUUAUCGGCACCAAACUUUUCUUUGGUCUAGGAGCAUGGAUUACGCCUUCUUUCAGGCAAAUGGCUAAAAUCCGUGCAUUUCUGCUGCGACUUCUCCGGAGAGUUUUGAGGCUCACACCUGAUGAGGUGAUGACUACACCAGCUGCGGAGAUUUUUCGUAGAGCAGGACAACCUGAUCCACGGCUCAGAUUGGCUACUGAUAGACUUCUUUAUGCACAACGUCUUUGGGCUCAUGGACCAGCGGAACUUCAUCACCUCAUCCAUCGCGAAGCAGCCAUUUGUGCCACGUCGUGGCUCCAAGGUUUAUUGACUGACCUUGCUUGGAUGCAAAAGCUUGAAACCGAUGAAGGCAUUACACCUGCGAUCAAAUGUGAUGAUUUGACUGAGCUUUUCGAUUAUUGGCAGUCUGACACCCAGCGAUGGCCACAAAGGGUCAAGGCUGCUUUCAGAAGGCAUGUAUUGCAGGAGACUAUGAUGCACAAGAUGCACAGACUCCAUACGCAGUUCAUUGAUAUUCUGAAAACGCAAGCUGACCUUAGCAAUGUGACCCCAAUGCCUAGCAAAGAUGCACGUGAAUUUUCAUGCUUUUGCGGCCGGAUCUUUUGCACACCUCAAGGCCUCGCUGCCCAUCGCAGACUUCAACAUAACAUUGGUUCACUGGAAAAACAUUUGAUUGAUGGGGCGACUUGUCCUUGCUGCCUCAAAUUCUUGUGGACUCGGCAAAGGCUCUAUCAACAUCUUUCCUAUAUCCCUCGACAAACGAAAGUUAACCAAUGCUUCCAAACAUUACAGAAGCAAGGCUUCAAUGUCCUCGAUGAGAUUGCGUUGCCCACCAAUGCCAGGCCGCACGGCCUUCAUCGAGUAGAAGCUGUGCAAGCUCUAGGGCCCAGACCUUUGUUUCAGAAUCGAGCUGGCCAAGAGUUGCAACAGACGAGAUGCCGACUUGAGCGGUGUGAGGAAGCCUUAGUUGUUAAGGAUGCCCCAGAGCAAGCAGAUCAAGCCAUGGAGGCCUUCCAUGCCAGACUCACGGAAGUUACUAGCCAAUGGUUUUCGGAUUUCCAGGCAAAUGGUUUUGACCCUGAAUCUAUCCGAGCUCUGCCUGACUCUUGGCUAGACCUUGCAGCGGACCAAGACCCGCGAUUUGGUGACUGGUUGGAGACAGUCUACAUUGCUUGGGGUGAGCAUUGUUUGUCAGAGGUGAUUGCGACCUUCAUUGAUGGUGAAGCUGAAAAGCUGGUGGAAGAAGCUUUCACUGAAAUGAUUUAUGAUUUUCCUCGUAUGCAAGUGAUGAUGGAGAUCACAUUCCUUCGACAAAAAGUGAGAAGGCUUGAAGCCGAACAAUCUCUUGCCUUUCCGCAUCGACAAGUGAAAAUCGGUUCGGCUAAUGUGGCUGAACGUACAGCAACUGCACUGGAAAUUCAGUCGCUUUUUCAAGACCAGAGCCAAUGGCUUCAGCAGAUCCGAAUGAUCAAUUUUGACACUUUGCCAGGCUCCGCUACCAUUCCAGCGCAAGUUGAAUUAGUCACGAAUCUCCCGAUCUUUUUAGUAGUUCAUCUAUUCAGUGGCCGGAGACGUGGCACCGACCUUCAUGCAUGCCUUGAGGCUUUUGCUACAGAGAUGGGAUUCCGUGUCCAGAUUCUUUCAUUGGACACAGCUGUUUCAGGUUUCUAUGGGAAUUUGCAGCUGGAGCACCCUACAUGGAAGCAUCUUCUCCACCUUUAUCGAGCUGGACGCGUAGCAGCGACUAUGGUGGGGUCUCCGUGUGAGACCUUUUCCGCGGCCAGACACCACCAGCCCACGGAAGCUCCGGCCAGCGCUAUGGGCAAAUGGCCACGCCCGCUUCGCAGUGCGCUGCGAUUUUUUGGACUGGAUGGAUUAACGCCUAGAGAGCUCAGGCAAACUUGCCAGGGGUCCGAGUUUUUCCUACAGGGCAUGGUUGUCGCAGCUUGGUCAGUUUGCUAUGGAGGGAUUUUUCUCUCGGAACAUCCCUGGACACCUGAGGACCCUCUCAAGGUGAGUAUUUGGACUUCGCCCUGGGUUGAGCUUUUGCUCAAAUUGCCACAGGCUUCUCUCCAUCGUGUUUGCCAAUGGCGUUGGGGUGCAGAAGUUUCCAAACCGACCGGGAUCCUGGCAAUCAACUGCCCUCGCUUCGCUUCAUCCAUGUACAAGCGACAGCUCCCUGAUGUUCAGAAGCCUCAGCAGACCGCCAUUGGUUUGGACAGUAGCACGGGAAUGUUCCGCACUGCGGUUUUGAAAGAGUACCCCGCAGCUUUCUCGAAGGCGUUAGCAGGAGCCUUGGCUGACCAGCUGGUGACUGCUUCCCGCCGCAGAACCUUCCGUGUAGGACCUUUGGCACAUCAUGCAACUGAGACCUGGCUUAAAGAAGCUCUGCUGGACUGUACAGCUAUCCGAGCGAACGCACAGAGACGCGCCUUCCUGGGUGUUGCCGGGGUUCUUUGCGCCUUCUGUAUGAGGCCCGACACAGCGGCCGUGCCGCGUCUGAAGGCGUGGGCUAAGCUGGCAGAGCUUUGUGACCAGCAAGGUCCCACAGAGGUGCUACGUUCCAAAGGCGUGGCGUUGGUGCCACGGGCCUUUGAGGAAAUGAGAUUUGGAGAUCUCCGCGCAGAGCGGACUCCAGUGCACUUGCCUUUCCAGGAGCCCUUCUCCAGCUUGCCACUGCUGGGGCAAGACGAAUCCCUGCGAGAUGUGCUCACGGAAUAUCUGGGCGAUGAAGUGGAGUUGGAAAGCGCCAUGGUCAUCAAGGUGGGCCCUGGCGCCAAUGCCCAGAGUGCUCACAUGGACACGGAAGAUCCGGGAAGUUUGUCGGUGCACGUCCCCUUGCAACCGCUGCAUAAAGGCUGA